CCGCUAGCUCCACCUCAGUGCACCCGGCACUUACGGGCAGCAGCAUCCCUCGCAGGUGGCGGAGGCUCGGCCCCUUUAAGGCCGAGGCUGCCGUAACCCGAUCCCGCAGUGAGUGGCUUGUCGGAGGAGCCCUCGGAGCUGUCGCCACCCGCUGCCCCCGGAGCAUCCUGCGUGUGGCAAGCAGCGAAGGGCUCUCCCGGCAGGGAUGGGGGAGGUGCUACGGCCACACUAGCCCCCGCCUGCCCUCCCACCCCAGGCUGAAGAAUAAUGGCUACCAUCAACACACUGAUUACUGGCAUUGCUGUUGCCAGUUUUACCAUAUUUCAGCUUCUGUUCCAUGUUCUAAGUUCUUGGGCAUCAACAAGAAUAACUCCUGCUUUUAAUAAUCUCAGCCAAAAAAGGAAGAUUGAAUGGAAUUCAAGGACAGUAUCCACAUUCCAUGCCUUGGUGGUUGGUGCUUUUUGUGUAUAUAUCUUGUUGUAUGAUGAAGCUGUUAAUGCUGACCAUGUCUGGGGUGACCCUUCAAUUGUGAAACUGAAUAUUGCUAUUACCACAGGCUACCUCAUUUCUGAUUUGUUUCUUAUUACUUACUAUUGGAAGGCAAUUGGUGAUAAAUUUUUUGUAAUUCAUCACUUGGCAGCUCUGUAUGCCUACUACUUUGUACUGGAUGAAGGAAUGUUGGCAUAUUUUGGUAACUUCCGUCUACUUGCAGAGUUCUCUACUCCUUUUGUGAAUCAGCGGUGGUUCUUUGAAGUGCUGGGGUACCCCAGGUCUUCAAAAGCCAACAUCAUCAAUGGGGUGCUGAUGACGGUCGUGUUCUUCAUGGUGAGGAUUGUAGUCAUGCCUGUUUAUUAUGCCAACGUCAUUUCUGUGUUUGGAACAGAGGCUUUCCACAGAGUAGGAGUUGCAGCCCAAAGCGCCUGGAUUAUCUCUAGUGUUGUCUUGGAUGUGAUGAACUUGAUGUGGAUGGUCAAAAUUACAAAGGGAUGCUACAAAGUUAUUUGUCUCACUAGACAAGAAGAAGUCAAAAUGUGUAAGAAUGGAAAAUCUGACUAGAAAUCAUAUAUGUAAAACUGAACUUCUCUAUAAAGAUCACUUGGGUUCAUUGAAACAAUGCACACUUUUGCCAUAAAAUGCUCCUUUAAGGAAGCAAGGUAUUGCCUCUUUAUUGAUCUUAACCUUUCCCUUGCCACACUGCCUGCAUGCCCAGAGUCACUUCAUUUAAAGACAAUCCCACUCUAUAGAAUGGGAAACAAUAGCAUAUGACAUACUGUAUGUAUAGGUUCAUACAAAUGAGUCUAGCUUGUGUUCUAAGCACUUAAUUGACAAAUUAACUUAAAAAGGAACAGACUGAUUAGUUGGUGGUCUUCUAUCAGUAUGUUCCUAAAAUGUUUUCACUCAGGUUUCUCAAUGUGUUGUGUGUGGCUUUUUUUAAAAAGCCUGUGAAUGUUAAGAUCUUCUGUUGUAAGUUAUGCAGAUAUGGCAAGUUUCCUGCCAUGUUUCUGUGGUUUCUCUUAUUAGUAUUUGGUGUUAACAAUCAAGAUUUCAUCCUUGACAACUUUUUAUUUUUUUGCAACAAAGGCUAAGAAUUUAACUUUGAUGCUAUGAAUAUUUUACUGACUUUGUUGCCUUAUGCAUGGACACAAUCUUUUGGGGAUUUAUGAAACAGUUUUACAGAUACUGGUAUAAUGUAUUAUCUUUUAAAAACUCCUUUUGUGUGAAGGGAUGGCUGUGCUAAUGUCCUUCUAGUAGUAUUACUGUUAAAUCUGAUCAGAAUUCUGAUCCAAAGUUACCAUGAUAAACUGUGUGGAAACAAACUCCUUUUUACUACAGUGCUCUCACUGUGAAGGCGGUGGCGGCGGCAGCUGCUGCUACUACUUUUGAAAAGUAUUGCAACUCUACUUCUAAAUGUAUUAUUAUUAUUAUUUAUUAUUUUAACCAAGAGAUUUCUAGGGUGUAAACAACUUAAGUAUAGGAGACUAAAUACUUUGGUAUAUGUGGCUAUGUCACAGUAACCCUCUCCCCUCCAGAACUGCCACCUUAGUAUGAAAAUGCUCAUAUUGUGUUCAAAUGCUCAUAUAAAUAUGUAUUUGUCAUUGUUUCCUUGUUGUUCAUAUGGCUGGAAAUUUGAGGUGCUGGCCAAAGAAAUCCCAUCUUAUAAGCAAGAAGACUUAUCAGUGGCCCCAACAGAGAAUAGUUUCUGUUAUUCUCUUCAAAACUGAGAAGAUUUAUAGAGUGGGUUACAGAAGCAGCUAACAUUGUUAGGGACAACAUUCUGUUUUUGGAUCCACAUAGUCCUUGGCAGAUAUUCUGCUUUCUCUUCAAUCCUAGAACUUCCAGUCAUGUCCAUGGGAGAUGGGGGAAAUUUGAGAAUGUGGGAAGAUCAGAAUAUGGAAGAGAUGCCAACCUGAGAGAAUUUUUGUUUUUUCCCAUAUAACUGUUGUGGAGGGGCUAGAUGUUUUGUGGUGGUUUUUGUUUGUUGGAACAAUGCUUUCUUCACUUGAUUCGUCAUCACUUGUAGUUUGUGAUACCAUCUGCUAGUAUGUGCUGCUCAAAGUGCAUUUUCACUCACUAGUGUGGUGCUAUUACAUAAAAACAUUGUAGCAAACUAUUCAAGCAACUUCUUUUGUUAACAUUUAUCAAAUUCUUGUCCUAUUGGAAUAUGUGGUGUGUUUUGUGUGUGUGCUGUUCUCUUCUUUCCUCUAAACAAAUGCAGGUGUCUGGCUAUUAGUUAGUGUGGGCUAGAAGGGAGAGCUGUAAAACAAACACACAAUUUCCAGGAACUAGCUGUCCCUUUAUGAUUUACUGUGGGCUUGUCUACACUUACAGCUUCACUGUAGCACUCAGUGAAGACACUGCCUACGCUGAUGGAACAGCUUCUCCUGUUGGCAUAGGUACUCAACCUUCCCAGGAGGCAGUAGCUAUAUCAAUAGGAGAAGCCCUCCUGUUGACAUAGCACUGACACUAGAGGCUAGGUCGGUAUAACUAUGUCACUCAGGGUGUGGAUUUUCCACACCCCUGAGUGCCGCAGUAAUACUGACAUAAGUUUGUAGUGUAAAUCAGGGCUAUGUCUCCCUAGGUCUCCAAGAAGACUCCACAAACUGCUAGCAAAGGUCUUUUGCAUUGUCUUGCAGUAUAGCCAAGGCAGUUGUGGCUAAAGCAGUUCAGCUCUUCUCUUUGAAGAGUAUAAUAGAUCGUUAUAUGGGUUGAUAUAAUACUCACUUUUACAGGCAUAGUUACAUUAUUUAACAGUAAUUUUUUUCAGCAUUAUCUUUAUUUUUCAAUGGGUGGGAGGCACAGAUUGCUAAUGCAUUCAGUUCCUUACACUAUAUUCUUGGCAGUCCUGUUGCCUUAUUAUGUAGAUGAGUUGUUCAGUCCUAAAAAGCAUAGUAACUGGUGUGUUUUAUUUUCUUUAAUUGUCAUUCUUGAAUUAGCACAUUGUUUUUUUGUCUUUGGUACCAAUAAAUUCAUAUUAUCAGUCAAUUGCCCUCCAUUACAUUUUUAUUAAAACAAAGGAAAACCUUUUUAUCAACAUAUAGAUUCAGACACUUUUAAAAUAGUGAUUUAAUUCAAUAUGUACACAAAGGCAGUUCUAAUGUAUUAGUGUUCAAGGUGGUAACUAGUGAAAGAGGGUUUUUUGUAAUCUGAUUAAUAAUUAAGUUUGCACAUUUGUAAUAACUUUUAUGUUUACAUUUUGGUUUUCUCUUAACCAGUUUCAAAAUCAGUAAUUGAGUAGAUGCAAGCACUUUGGAUAAAAUACACCUUGAACAUAGAAGUAUGGUGUUUACUAAUUCUGAAAAUACAGUAGGAUGAAACAUUUUUCAUAAGGAAAAUGAUUUUACAGGAAGUAAGGACUUCAUGACAACUGCAUUGGAAGUCCAUCCUUUUUUAAGCAUUCAUCUUUAAUGGCAUUUGAAUCCUACAUACAGUAAAUUCCUAAUUUCCAAUGUAGAGUCUUCACUAAAGCUAUAAACUUUAAAAUGGUCUAUUCCCUUGUAUUCUCCAUUAUACAUCUUAGAUAGUAACUAAGACUCAGGUUUAUCAUAAAAGUAUGAAAGAUUAUAUUAAAACUAGAUUGGACAAGUCCUAGUAAAUACAGCAUGGGGAACAAUCUACAGUGGAAGAGGAAUGGGCUAGAUGACCUACUAAUCCAUUUGAUCCGAAUAGCUUUUAUCCUCUAGGAUUCAAUUACAUUGUAAAAGAUCAGCAAAUAUAUCCAACCAUAUUUGCUAUGUCCAUUUGGUUUAAAUUAAGUUCUGAUUUGAUUUAUUUGGUGUUACAAGGUUAUACUAUAACCACACAGCAGUUGUGUGCUAGAAUAAUUUUUAAAUGGUCAUGAAUGCCAAUGUAUUGGGCAAGGACAGAAAUAUACAGAUUGCACAUAUGUGAUGGACAGAAUACACCUAUCCUUUAUUUUUAGGGCUCCUUCACAGGCCACUAAGAUUAUAUAAUACUGAAACCAGCUGCUGUUUUGUUCCUCUACUAGACUCAGUUUAGUAGUUACAUUUCUCUAUCUGAAGUAUCAAUCUAAAACUGGACAGAUUAAAUUGUCUCCUUUAUUCAAAAUAGAAUUGUUGCUAGAAUUUCUGAUCACAAGCAUCUGUCUUGUAAAGGACUUAUGAUUAAUAUCUAAUACACAUAUGCACCUUAGUCUUGCAAAAUUCUAUAGGUCUGUGGUGAGCAGCAUGGAGUGUUUUGGUUUUUUUUUCUGGGCAGGAGGAGGAGGAGUUGCAGGGUUUUGGUUUUUUUUUUGGUGGGUGUAUGUUUGGGGUGGCAGAUCUGAAGGGGUGUGUGCAGAUGUGCACACAUUCAUUUGGGACUAGAUUUCUUUCUCCUUAGAAUUUUGCCAUCCUAGGAAGUAAAAAGAACUCAGUGAUUCCCUCUUUGAGCUGAGGUAGUAACCUGAACAGCCCAUUGCAAAGCACAGCUUAUUGUUUGCCUUUUCCCCUGCCAUCUUUGCAUUCAGCGAGCUCUACUGGCUGAUGUGUUAAGAGAAUACCAUGGCACUUCCCCUUAUUACAUACUUGGCACUCAGUGCUGUAGAAGAGACGGCACUGAGGGUAUGUCUACAGUGCAGUGUAAGCCUGGGCUCAGACUCAGGCUUGAGCGCUAACCCCCCUUCUAUCUACACACAAAGCUAAGGUCAGUAAGCCCCUGGACCCAGAAUAUAGGAUCCAGCAAGAGGGGUUCAUCCAAACCCAAGCCCCACUAGUCCACAGUGCAUCAUUAUGUAGUGUGGAUGUAGCUUGGGCCUGGGUCCCCCAGACUCAUGUCCUGAUAGUCUGCCAAUUCUAUCACACAGUCCCAUAGGCCAAUGUUCCUUGUUCUUUCUAUCUCAAGACUAACCAGCUGACUCCCAGGAAAUGGAAGCCUCCCCUUAUUCAAGUAUAGCUGCUCAAUGUUUAACAUUGUAUUCUGACUGCUGAGCUGCAGACAACAGAAUGAACCAUCUUCUGUGCUAGCUAUGGCCACCGAUAAGAAGUCCAUUGACAAACACAUUGUUCCCUGGUGACAGGACCACAGUCAGAUAUUGGUUAAUCUCUGGUGCGAGGCAAGCAACAAGUUUCUCUUCACUACAAAAUUGCAGAUGAACUGGCAGUGUGCGUGAUUCACCGGACUGGUGACCAGUGCUGCAUCUAGAUUAGGCAGCUCAAGACUAUUGGAAAGCCAGGGUUGAAAACCACACCUUUGGGAACUCCCCAACAUCCUGCCUCUUUAAUGAGGAGCUUGACUGGGUGUUGGCUACUGCAUCAAGCAUGGAACCAACAGCAGUUCACGAUAGCCUGGUCAGCUGGGAUGGUGACCUUCUGACCCCUGAACUGCUCCUAUACUAGAGGGGAACCAGCAGGCACCAGAUCAAGCUAGUGAAGUGACUCUGGUGCUCACACUGGUUUCCAAGAGGUUCCACCACCAGAGCAGCUGCAGCACAUGCUGGGUCCAUACUCCAAGGAGCUGUUUGAUUUUUUUUUUUCCCCCCACUCCCAGGGAGGAGCCUGCUGCAGAACUAGUAGAAACUGCAGAAACAGAAGAGACAUAAGUAGCCCCAGAGCCUGGUACAUUUCUGGAUCCAUGUUUGUUGCUCUUAAUAUAGGAAUGGGAGAAAUUUCAGAUUUAUGACCAAUACAAAAUGUAUUACAGGUAGGGUUGUCAAUUUAAUUGCAGUUAACUCACGCGAUUAACUCAAAAAAUUAAUCGCAAUUAAUUGCAUUGUUAAACAAUAGAAUACCAAUUAAAAUUUAUUAAAUAUUUUUGGAUGUUUUCUACAUUUUCAAAUAUAUUGAUUUAUAUUACAAUACAGAAUACAAAGUGUACAGUGCCCACUUUAUAUAUUUUUGAUUACAAAUAUUUGCACUGUAAAAAUGAUAAAAGAAAUAGUAUUUUUCAAUUCACCACAUAGUAGUACUGUAGUGCAACCUCUUUAUCGUGAAAGUGUAAUUUACAAAUGUAGAUUUUUUUUUGUUGCAUAACUGCACUCAAAAAAAACCAAUAGAAAACUUUAGAGCCUAAAAGUCCACUCAGUCCUACUUCUUGUUCAGCCAAUCGCUAAGACAAACAAGCUAGUUUCCAUUUAUGGGAGAUACUGCUGCCUGAUUCUUAUUUACCAUGUCACCUGAAAAUGAGAACAGGCGUUCACAUGGCACUUGUGUAGUUGGCGUUGCAAGGUAUUUAUGUGCCAGAUAUACUAAACGUUUGCAUGUCCCUUCAUGCUUCCAUGCUGAUGAUGCUUGUUUUUUAAAAAGAAGUGUUAAUUUAAUUUGUGACUGAUCACGUUGGGGGAGAACUGAAUGUCUCCUGUUCUGUUUUACCCACAUUCUGCCAUAUAUUUCAUGUUAUAGCAGUCUCGGAUGAUGACCCAGCACAUAUUUGUUUUAAGAAUACUUUCACUGCAGAUUUGACAAAAUGCAAAGAAGGUACCAAUGUGAGAUUUUUAAAGAUAACUACAGCUCUUGACCCAAGGUUUAAGAAUCUGAACUGCCAUCUAAAAUCUGAGAGGGAUGAGGUGUGGAGCAUGCUUUCAGAAGUCUUAGAUGAGCAACACUCAGAUGUGAAAACUACAGAACCUGAACCAUCAAAAAAGAAAAUCAACCUACUGCUGUUGGCAUCUGACUCAGUUGAUGAAAAUGAACAUGCGUCGCUGCAGACUGCUUUGGAUAGUUAUCAAGCAGAACCCAUCAUCUGCAUGCAUGCAUGUCCUCUGGAAUAGUGGUUGAAGAUGAAGGGACAUAUGAAUCUUUAGCGCAUCUGGCACGUAAAUAUCUUGCGACGCUGACUACAACAGUGCCAUGCGAACACCUAUUCUCACUUUCAGGUGACAUUGUCUCCUGCAAAUUGUAACCAAACUUGAAUAACAGUGGGGACAGUUACUCCAUUUAUGACAAUGUCAUUUGGUGGGAAUAGUGUACUGGCCUGUCCAUGAAGGUAGACUCACUCUUGGCCAAAAACCCUGGCAUCAUCAACCUUCCAGUGCAGCCCACAUUGGCAUCCAUAAAACAGCCUCUGUAGUCCAUAAGGGACUACAUAACUAUGGAGUAGUACCCUUCACAGUUUAUGUAUUUGUGCUCCUUGAGGCCAAACUAUGGACAAACAAUUCCCAUCAGUGGCCCUGGUGUAGUUUAGAAACCCCAGUCCCUCAAAAGUAGCAAUUACUUCAUGGAUAUUGUUUCUUUAUACCAACCACCUUUUGGGUAAAUCACAUGCCUGAUUGCUACAGGUCCAUUGCUAGCCAGUUUGGCGCUGGAAAGUCAACUUUGGGUAAUCUGUGAUAGUUUCCAGAUGGUUAUAGCAACCCACUUUGUGACUGGCAAUGCAACCCUCAAGUGUGUGUUGUGACACUGAAAGGUUGGGGCAAGCUGCUCACAACUCCAGAAAUGUAGCUUUCUUCAUGCGAAAGUUCUGGAGUCACUGCAGGUCAUCCCAGGUUGCAUGACAAUGAUUGCACCAGUCUGUGCUUGUGGCCCUAGUCCAAAAGUGCCAGUCUACAUAGGGAGCAUCAGGAGCAAUACUCGGAGUCAUGAGCAGCACCAGCCAGUUCAAGUCUGUAUCCUCCUCCUUCCUCUAAUAGGUGCUUUCAAUAGGUCAGAAAAAGCAAUUUAAAUAUUCACCACUGUCUCAUGGAUGCUCUACCCGUUUCCCGAAACGGGAGUGAAAGCCCAAUCAAAACAAGUUUUUCAAAUGGUGAUUCUCAUCUUGGCGGCUCUGCUUGUUGGGAGUGUGCAGACCCAAAAGAUGGCUCAGCAGGAUGUUUUGGUGGGCUGCAACAGCUUCCGGUAAUGUGUGGGUUGGACAUUUUCCCACAGUGAACCACGAACAAAGGUUAGAGCAUCUACAGUUGGGGAGGGUGCUACAAAGCCUGGGAUAGUUUGAUUUGGGCCUGUGUAAUGCAGUGUAAAUGCCUGAGCAAAGGUGUGAUACCCAAGCUGCAGAAAUUCUCCAUCUGGGGUCGAUGCUCAGUGUGCACGCUCAGGCUCACAACAUCGAGCCUGAGCUUACAUUUCAGUAUAGACAUACCUAAAGUUGGUCCCUGAGGAGCUUUUCCUGCACACAUUUUCACAAUCAAUAUGUAGAGUCUUGAUAUAGAAAACUUAAAUAUUUGCUUUAUUUUUCUGUCUACAAUUUGCCUUGUUUCCUACCAUCUUUUCUAUAUUUCCUAGAAAAAAACAAAUUGGCUAAAUCCAUUUGCAGUAGAACACUAUCUUCAUAAUGUAAGAAAUAUGAACACAUUUUUUGAUCUUCCAUUUUUGACAAUCAUUGUCUUGUAUAUCAAAAGAUUGCUAUGGCAUCAGAUGUCUUGGUCCUAGCCUCAUCUCCAUUUGUUAAUGUAGAUUAAUGGAGUUAGUCAUGUAUAAUAAUCUGUGCCUAAAUAACUUGCGGGGGAGGGGUUGGGAUUUUUUUUGCCUUUUGUUCUGUGAAUAGCAUGUGGCAUAGACGUAAUAUGAUGUGGGAGGAUGUUACCUGCAAAUGUUGAAACAUAGCUUCUCUUGCAUUGAUGUACUAUUUUCUGACUUUUUUUGCAUUUUUGAAUGGCCACUUUCAAAACAAUUGGAUGUGUUGUGGCAUAUUUGAAUGUACUAUUAUAUCCCACUCAUAAUUAUGUAUACUAUACAUAGAGUAGAGAAUUGUUUCAAAAUGUUUUUAUUGCAGGAAAAGAUUUUCUGCCUGAUGUGUGUUCUAAUAGAUUUUCAAUCUGAGUUAGGAGCCAGAGUUUUAUAGCCUUAUGUCAGAGAGCUUCCGAAUGGAUAUCGGUAUCCUACUUCAAAGUGGUAAGAAUUCCAUAAUAGUUUUUCUUUCCUAGUCUAAUUUUAAGUUUUGCAUGUGGAUCAUAUUGUCUUUACAAAUAUAUGCCAAUACAAAGUUGUUCAGUAAGUUCUCAGCCUAAUUUUUAAACUAUAAUGUACCAUCUCUUUAUAGCAAAAAAUAUCCCAUUGACAGAGAUGAGACAAGCUGACCUUAGUUCUUAACAAUCUCUAAUUUUGGUAAGAUUUUUUUUUUUAAAUCUACUAAAAAUUGCUCUAAAUUUACAGUCGUCGUCUUUGGCUAUCCCUCAAUGCGAGGAUGAUGUCUACCUGGGGGCUCAUUGGUGAGUUUUUAAGUGGCUGAGGAGCCCAAAUCUUGCCCUGCAGAUUUUCCCACUGUCAAGGUUCCUCCCCCACUCUGAACUCUAGGGUACAGAUGUGGGGACCUGCAUGAAAAAACCUCCUAAGCUUAUCUUUACCAGCUUAGGUCAAAACUUCCCCAAGGUACAAAAUAUUCCACCCUUUGUCCUUGGGUUGGCCUCUACCACCACCAAACUAAUACUGGUUACUGGGGAAGAGCUGUUUGGACGCGUCUUUCCCCCCAAAAUACUUCCCAAAACCUUGCACCCCACUUCCUGGACAAGGUUUGGUUAAAAAAAAAGCCUCACCAAUUUGCCUAGGUGACUACAGACCCAGACCCUGGGAUCUUAAGAACAAUGAACAAUCCUCCCAACACUUGCACCCCCCCUUUCCUGGGAAAUGUUGGAUAAAAAGCCUCACCAAUUUGCAUAGGUGACCACAGACCCAAACCCUUGGAUCUGAGAACAAUGAAAAAGCAUUCAGUUUUCUUACAAGAAGACUUUUAAUAAAAAUAGAAGUAAAUAGAAAUAAAGAAAUCCCCCCUGUAAAAUCAGGAUGGUAGAUACCUUACAGGGUAAUUAGAUUCAAAACAUAGAGAACCCCUCUAGGCAAAACCUUAAGUUACAAAAAAGAUACAGACAGAAAUAGUUAUUCUAUUCAGCACAGUUCUUUUCUCAGCCAUUUAAAGAAAUCAUAAUCUAACACGUACCUAGCUAGAUUACUUACUAAAAGUUCUAAGACUCCAUUCCUGGUCUAUCCCUGGCCAAGACAGAAUAUAGACAGACACACAGACCCUUUGUUUCUCUCCCUCCUCCCAGCUUUUGAAGGUAUCUUGUCUCCUCAUUUGUCAUUUUGGUCAGGUGCCAGCGAGGUUACCUUUAGCUUCUUAACCCUUUACAGGUGAGAGGAGCUUUCCCCCUGGCCAGGAGGGAAUUCAAAGGGGUUUACCCUUCCCUUUAUAUUUAUGACACCCACAGAAGUGACAGGUGUAAUCUUGGAGGAGGCAUAGUUGUUGGCUGGAGUGUUCCCUUUCUUUCCUCCUCCUGUCGCUUCUGUGUCUCAUGAGCACAUCUGUUCUCAAAGUGAGCUGUGGCUUGGUGUAUGGUAUGGUGCCACUGUGUUCUGUUCUGUGCCAAGUCCUCCCAGUUUGUUGGGAUGAUGCCUCCCUUUUUAAGAUGUACUUUCAGUAUGCCUUUGAAACGCUUCCACUGCCCUCUGCGAGCCCUUCUUCCCUGAUUUAACUGAGAGAAGAGUACUUGCUUCGGGAGGUGAGUGUCAGGCAUACAGUCUUCCCAGCUGAUCCUGAGAAUCCUCCCGAGGCAGCGAUGCUGGGACCACUCCAGCUGCUUGAGCUGUCUUCUGUAGAUUACCCAGGUCUCACACCCAUAGAGAAUGGUGAGGAUGACAACUGCCUUGUAAACCAAGAUCUUAAUACCCGUUUGUAGAUCCCUAUCAGUAAAGACUCGUUUGAGUAGUCUUCCAAAAGAUGUGCUGGCAGAGCAGAUCCUGUAUUCAAUUUCUGUGUGAAUGUUGGCUGUUUGGGAGAGGUGGCUGGCAAGGUACAGAAAAUGUCCACAUUUUUCAGGGGUUCUCCACUGAUGGUUUACAGUGACAAUGUUUAAUUUAUUUUCAAAAUAAAUCUAGAAGUAUUUUUAUUUAAAGAGGGUUUUCUAGUAUUAAAAAGCUACUGUAAUCAGCAAAACCAACCAAACAAAACCUCUUACACAAGUAACAAACAUAAGUGCAACACUAUUGUAAAAAGGAGUGAAGGGGUCCAGGGCAUAAGAAUCCAGGAGUCCUAUAUGUGAUCUAAGUAGGAUGUUUAUAGAAUGGCAAAUAUCAGGGAAGGGAUAUAUCCCUCUUUGGCUCAUCUGUGAGGUUUGAGGAUAUGUGAAACACAAAAUUAUACCUGAACUGUGUGGGGUCUUUUUAGAAUGUAACCACACUGUCUUGAUAUACACUAUAUGUAUGAUGAAUUAUCAGUCACUGACAGACAUAUGGAAGGGGUUUUUGUCAUGGCUAUUGAUCAGUUUGUAGGUUGUCAAUGAAAGAUGAUUAAUCGAAAAAUCUAUAAGGUUUUUCCUGCUUCAUCUUCAAGAAAAGAAGGGUCACUCCAAGAUGACUCCAAGUGUGGCCAUGUUUAUCACUGAAAAACAAUAUAUCUGAAACGAACUUUUGAAGGGGAAUUGUCAAGAUUCUGAAACUUUUACAAAGAUCCAGCUUUAGCAAAGGUAUUAAGAGCCUUUCACAGAACACUGGACCUAAAAAGGCCUGUGUUCUAUAGCUUCAUCAACUGACAACAAAGGAUGAAGAAGCAUUCCUUGUUCCUAACCCAUUGUAAUACAACCUAUGUAUUAUAUCAAAUAAUUAAUACAUGGAGAAAACACUGCUUCACUAGUGAGAUCCUGAUGUCAAUAAACUGGAAAUGGUGGAUCUACAUGAACUUUAGCAUUCAUCCAACAAUAAGCAAAAUCAGUCACUGCCUGAUUCAAUUUCAAGUUUCUCUGUACAGAGAAGUGGUGUGCCACUCGGCGCUGUGCAGCACUCUAGCGACAAGCACCAAACCAUACUUUUAUGUAGUGACAUGUGUAUGACCUAAUGCCAGCAGAGACGAGGUGGGUGAGGUAAUAUCUUUUAUUGGACCAACUUCUGUUGAUGAGAGAAACAAGCUUUCAAGCUUACACCAGAGCUUGAAAUAAAGAUAAUACCUCACCCACCUUGUCUCUCUCAUAUCCUGGGACUGAGAUGGUUACAACAACAUUGUAUAUAACAUCAGCACAUUCAUUCCACUGAAUGCAUCCGAUGAAGUGAGCUGUAGCUCACGGAAAGCUUAUGCUCAAAUAAAUUUGUUAGUCUCUAAGGUGCCACAAGUACUCCUUUUCUAUCAGCACGCAGAUUACUCAGGAUGUGUUUGGGUUUUUUAUUAAAAAAAAAAAAAAAAAAGUGUAGUAAUCAGAAACCUCCACUAGCCACCUCCUUACUCUUUACAUUUUACCCUGAAAUUCUUGCUUUUUUAAAAAUUAAUAGCAAAAGGGAAGGCAUGCUGCAGCCGGUGAUGAACUGAAGGUAGCUAUAGAGCAACUGAUUUUAGGAAACAAAAUUAUUCACAUGCCUGGCUGAUCUGAGGUCAGUGUCAUAAUGUGAUGCCUGGCACCCAGGAGUAUAAUAGUAAAUGUCUACUUUAAAAUAGUUUAUUUUUUCUCUGCAUAAAGGAAAUGCCUGUGAACGAAAUGUGUUGAACUCAAUAUAAUUCAGUCCUUACUGUCUCAAUUUGAACCAUAUUAUAAUUCAAUAUACAUUAGGGCUAUAUGCCUGGAAAGUAAAAUCUAAAACAUGGACACAAACAAAAUCCUUUGUAGUAUAUUCUCCUGGUAUAUGCUUUGGCUGUCAAAUAUUGUACUGGUUUUGUAACACACUUUUUUGAGCAUAUGAAAUACUAGAGCUCUGAGGAAUUGCUCCUGACUGAGUCAAGUUGCAUGAGGAUUGUUUUUUUGAAGUUUGAAAGUUUAGUAUUUUAUAUAAUGUGAUAGGCAUAAAGGCAACUUCUGAAUGUAAUGAAUUUAUUUUCAAGUUAAUUACUAUUUUAAUUAAUCCUGAAUUUCAACUGAAAGCAAUCAGCACACUGGAGGGAAAAAAAAAAGAUUUUGGCUACUAAUAAACUCUGGCAUAAGUAUAUCUCGUGUAGUGUAUGUAUAUUCAAAUACCCUAACAAAUAUAUUUAUACAUAUACCAUUAAUGUUUACAGAUCUUUAUCCAAAUACCUAUUUACAAUUAACAUUUAAACUAACGAAAUACAAAACUGAUUUUACAGAUUGUUUAAAAAAAAAUUGCAAUUUAGACAACUGCAGUUGAGUCCUUAAAGGCCUUACAUAGGCCUCUGUCUAAACACAAACUUGGUAAAUACAGUAUGAAAUGCCUUAUGUAGAGUGAAGUUAAAAACUAAAUUUACUGCCAUUAACUCUACAGUUUUGUUUGCAGUAAAAUUAAUAUUGCAGCAUUGCCUGAGAAGAUCAUGGAAACCUUAUUAAUUGCAAACUAUAAUGUAUCUUGUUUGUAUGGCAACAAUUGUAGUGUUCAAGAAUUUAGGAAGGUAAUGGUAAUACUGUGGAUUGAUUACAAAAGUCAUACAUUGUAAUAAGAUGAAUGUGUGAAUGAUUAAAUGUUACGGGUUUUGCUUGUAGAAUAAUCAUAUGAACAAUAUUUGUAUUUCACUAGGAUUGUAAGUAUUUCUACAUUUUAGUUGAACAGCCUUGCAGUUUGUAUAAAUUGAUGUAAACUGAUUUUUGUAGGCUGAAAUUGACAUAGGCAAUAAGGUCAAUAAGUUGCAUGUUGUACACAAGGUACUAGUACUUCAUAAUAAAGGAAGAGAAUGCAGUUUUA